GUGUGUGUGUGUGUGUGUGUGUGUGUGUGUGUGUGUGUGUGUGUGUGUGUGUGUGUGUGUGUGUGUGUGUGUGUGUGGCGGCUCGUGCAGAAGUCGGUGAUCAUCGGUGAUUAGGAUGCAGCGCGCCUACUGGGUGUAAUUAAAACGUUUGCAUUGCUCUGCUGAGAUGUGGUCCCUGGCAUGUCUGCAGGAAGCGCACCGGGCAGCAGACAUGCCGGAGCCUGGAGGAUUAGUUCAAAGGCGUGGAAAAAAGAAACCGAUCUGGAGCUGCAAGCUUGCAGAUAAUUGAUUCGUUUAUUUAGGAUAUUUAAAAUGUUGGUAAUGGCUGCGUUUGGGAGCAUUUAGAACACAAAUGUGCCGUGGAUUGUCCCAGCAGAAGGGCAGCGUGGAGCAGAUUUCUCUCCACUGCUCUGAGGGCACUCUGGACUGGCUGUAUCCCAAAGGGGCCCUGCGUCUCACCCUCUCACCCCGCCUGGCUUCAGCAGUGGUGGGACCUGGUGGCAGCAGCUCUGGACUCAUCACCGCCUGUGUCAAGACCUCAGAUCAGUUCCACGGGGCCCAGCUGUACCUGGAGAGAGACGGUGUCCUGGAGCUCCUGGUUGGGGACAGGAUAGAGUCAUCCCCACCCCCAAGGGUCCGCUGCUUCAGCCGGCUGCCUGGCGAGAAGCUGGCCCUCUUCCUGCAGGCUACGCCCCAUCAGGACAUCAGCAGGAGGAUUGCGUCCUUCCGCUAUGAGCUGAGGGGGGACUGGACAGCCCACAUGUCUCUAGACUCUAACUCCAUCAGCAGUGAAGACGCCUGCCGACCCUGCAACAACACAGAGAUCCUGAUGGCUGUUUGCACCAGCGACUUUGUGGUUCGAGGUAACAUCCGCACGGUGGAGGAAGACGAGAAUUUACGGGCGGCAGUGAUCAUGGUCAGCGCCACCCGUGUGUUCCGUCAGAAGUACGCCCUGUUCACAGGCAGCAGCCGCCUGGCCAGCCGGGGUGAAAUUCGGACUCUGCUUCAGUGUGGCGUCAAACCGGGACCCGGAAGCUUCCUUUUCACCGGCAGGGUCCACUUCGGCGAGGCCUGGCUGGGCUGCGCUCCACGCUACAAGGACUUCCAGAGGACUUACGCCGAGGCCAAAGCGGCCCGGCAGAUUCCCUGUGAACUGCCUGUAGACUGAAACGCUGCAGCAGAACGAUCAAUGAUGCAGAGUUAUUUAGAAAUGGUGCUGAAACACAUCUCAGUUCAGGAAGAGGCCAAGUGAGUCCAUAGAGUCUCCAGUGGAUCUUUCUAAAGGACUGAGGAGUGAAACGGACAUCCGCUUCAGUGCAAUAUGCAGUCACAGGCAGUGGAAAACACGGUGGAGUCGAGAGCUGAGCAGUUAAAAAAAAAACCAUCACAGAAAAUCAAACUCUGAAUGAAAAGCUUUCAUGUGGCAUGAGUUCAGGGACAGGAAAAGCAGUGGUCAGAGCGGCUGAGGACUCUUCAUGCAGCUGCUGCUGUGGUUUAACGGUUUACUGGCCACCAUGUUUUUCCUCAGAUUAAGUGUAACCAGCAAAGUUCAGCUGACUGCUUCAAUGCUGUCUUCCUCUAAUUUCCUCCUGGAAGGAAAACUAUUUGCACUUGUGAAGGAAAGGGAACGGUCUGCAAAGUCAAAUGCUGCAAGCACGUAAAACCAAAUGAAAGAAAAGCAAAUCUAUGUAGCGUAGAGGACCGAUGGAGAAUUUAAUAUAAGUACAGAUGAUUUUAGCGUGUAUGGUGGCAACAUGAAGCAGAGGUGUUGAAAGCUCUUCCAUGUUGUAGCCGGCCUGAGACGGGCUUUCAGAUGCAGGAGAGGCUUAAUUCAGUGACUUAUGGUUUAAAAACACGACAGAAACCACCUGAGUUCGGCCAAAGCGGGCAGGAAUCUGGUUGCUGAUGAUUCAUUUUGAGCUCCUUGUCAGCAAACGUUAAAAAAACACAAAGUCCACAGUUUUCCUCUGAUUUUAAGAUGGCGUUUGGCUUGUUAAGACAAAAUAUGCAUUCUGUACAGAACAUCAGAUAUACAUCUGAUUUCAAAUGCACUACACCAUCAUGAAGGAUUAAAACCAAAUGACCAUGAUUUCAACUGCAUUGUUUAUAAGUGACAUGAAUUCAUUUUACUGUCUGCGGGAGUGUACAUAUGUUUAUAAGAAAUAUAUAAUGAAACAAAAACCUAUUCUGUCAA